AUGCAGCCGGUAUUUUCAAGGUUUCCAUACGCCUCCAAAUCGGGCUUUAUUUCACUGGCUUCCAGAGGUUAUGCGGUGUCACGGAAUUCAGGUUCCAGUAUCAAGUCCAAUUUAAGAUCGAAGCCCAGAGCAGACACGAGAUGGAACACCAAAGCGAAACCGCCGGUGAAGAAUAGGAAAAGUAAUGGGAAAGGUGAUCACAGGUCACAUUCGAGGAGCGAUUCCCGCGCAAAGCCCUCACAAGAGCAGACGCAACAGCAGUUCCAGUAUGGUGAGUAUGGGAAACUAUCGGAAGGCGAUCCAAAGAUAUUGGAAAGGUCAAAGAGGUUAGUGUCUAAGAUAAAUGAUUUCAGUCAGUUGAAGAUUUUACCAGAGGUAAGGGACAAACUUAUGGAGGUGAUUUCAAGCGAAUCAUUGCUAAAUAAGAAUUUACUGGACGUGAAGUAUAAUCCAAAAGAGAAUAAUGUACAAGAAUUCAAGAAACAUUUGAAACCAUCACCAAUCCAGACUACUGCUAUCUACCAGACGUCUAAAACUUUAAUGGACCCUCAGUUACAAGUCCGUCUUAUAGCUGCAGAGACGGGUUCUGGUAAGACUAUGGCUUAUUUGAUUCCUUUGGUGGAUUAUCUUAAGAGAACAGAAAUGGAAAAUCCUUCAUGGGAAACUUUGAAAGACAAAGCCAUCGUUAGGUCCAUAAUAUUGUUACCAACUCAUGAACUUGUAGAACAAGUAUACCAGACAGUGUCUAAACUAGAACCUGCACUCGGAAUGCACACGUAUAAAUGGGAUGCAGGUUCCUCUUACAAGGGAUUCGUUGAGGCCUUGAAGGGUAGAAUUGAUAUCAUGGUCACAACCCCAGGAAAGAUCUUAAGUUUGUUUAACAUAUCUAUGGUGAACAGGCCCGACAGAAUCCUUUCACAAGUGAAGUUUUUAGUCAUGGAUGAAGCAGAUACACUUUUGGAUAAAUCAUGGGUCGAAGACUCUUAUUCCACGAUAAAGCACAUGCAAAACUUAAAUCACGUUUUGUUCUGUUCGGCUACUAUUCCAAAAGAGUUCCAAAAGACGAUCACCAGAUUAUUCCCUACCGUUGGAGUAAUUGCUUCCCCAAAUCUUCAUAAGAUUAAUCACAAGAAUCAAAUCAAAUUAAUUAACGCAGAUAUGGCCCCAUACAAGGGAUCAAAGACCAAAGCUCUGGCUCAAAUAUUAUACUCAAUUAAUAGAGACAACAUCGACCCUGGUUUCGAAAAAAGGGUAGUAAUUUUCGUGAAUGAGAAAGAAAAUGUUCCACUUGUCGCAACUAAACUAGCCAACCAAUAUGGACACGACGUUGUUGCCUUGACCGGUAAUGAUUCUGUUGAAGAACGUCUGGAAAAAAUCAAACCUUUCAUGGAUCCUCCUAAGAAGAUGACAACCCGUAAAUCAGAAAAAGUGACUACAGAAAACACAGUAACAAUGAAGAUACCCAACUCAAAUAUUGUGAUUGAAGAAAUACCAGAAGACAAUGAAGCAUUUGUUGAAAGCACUUUGAAGGUUCUAGUAACGACAGAUGUUCUAGCAAGAGGUAUAAAUUUCAGAGGUUGUCGAUACGUUGUUCUAUAUGAUAUUCCAAAUACUCCGGUGGAUUUGGUCCAUCGAGUUGGAAGAACAGGAAGAAUGAAUCAAAAAGGGUCUGUAUUUAUAAUUACUGGAAAACGAGUAAAAAAUUGGGUCAAAGCUAUACCAUCAAUUGUUUCAAAGAACGUUUCCAUUUCCUAG